AUGGAUCCCAAAGAGGUCCCGGGGCUGGAGGGGGACUCUGCUGGCAGCCUCAGUCCAGACCAGUCUCAGGACCAGCUCACGCAGCAGCUCCAGGACUGUGAGGCCAGACUGCAGGCGGCUAAUGAGGAGCUGCAGAGCCUCCGGAGGCAGCAGGCCAGCGAGAUGGAAGAGGUUGAAAGCUACGUGGCCCAUAUUCGAGGAUUGCUGGAAGAGCGGGAGAGCCUCACUGCAGACUACGAGCGGGACAAUGAGCAGUUACGUCUGGAGCUGCACCACAUUCAGCAGCAGCAGGAGGUGGAGAGUAAGGAGCUGGCGGAGAUGUUGGCCCAGAAGGACCUGGGGGAAAUUGGCCUGACGUCCCCCAGUGAGCUGGUGGCAUAUCUGCUGGUGGAGAGGGCCACGCUGCUGGAGCGACUGGAGGACACAGAGAGGAGGCUGGAGGGGCAGAGUCUGAGCGAGGACUACAGGGAAAAACGCUUACAGGAGAUGGAGCACUUGAGGCAGUCUGUGGGUGAAGGGCUGUGGACGCAGAAGGAAGAAAUGCAGACAACGAUGGAAAACAUGGCAAAGGGCCCAACCCAGAGUCCGUGGAAGAAGCUGUUUGGUCUGCGCAGAUCUGGUCAGAGCAAAUACAAUCUCACUCCUGCUCGUAUCGAGGAGAUCACCCAGGAGCGAUUGGAGCGAGAGAGGCUGGAGCGGGACUUGGAGGAGGCGUCUCGAAGGCUGGCUAUGGCUCACCAAGACAUCAGGAGACUUACCAACGAACUGGACAUGGCCAAAAACAACAACACAGACUUAAGUGUGUGUGAGGGGGCUGUCCAAGAAGUAGAAAUCCUGAAGAAGGAAGUGGACAAACUCAAAAGCAACGAUAUGGUGAAGCUGCAGAAAGCCAAAGAUCAAAAUGACAACCUGGACUCCGAAAACCGAGCGCUCAGAGACAGAAUGCACACUUUAGAGGCUGACAACAGAAACCUGGUUGAAAAGAUUUCAAGAAUCAACCAAUCAGAUGUUUCUCUCCGACAAGAACAGCGAGACUUUGAGGAGAUCGCAACUAAAUCAGCCUUAAUCUCAAGUGAAACAGAUCCCAUUCACAAACGGUGUCACGCAGCCUUAGAGGACGGACUGGUGCAGCUGAAGGACCUCCAACGACAGCUGCAGCGACAGAGGAAGGAGAAGGAGGAGGUGGAGGAGAGGAACGAGGAGCUGGAGGCCUUACUGGGAGAAACUCAGAACAGCAGCCGAGAGGAGAGGAACCGGCACGAGGGGGAGGUGGAGGGACUGCAUAGGAGGAUCAAAAGUCUUGAAGUGGAACUGAGGAAACACCAAUUCCAAGAGCGACCUCUGAAGAACGGAGAAGACGUCAAGAAUGAGUCCUACUUGCAGCUGCAUCUACGAGACGGGAGUCAGGAGAGGCUGGCGCUGCUGGAGGCUCGUCUGACUGAAGAGAAGGACUGGAGGAAACAGCUGGAGGUGGAUCUCAGUGCGGCUCAGACUGCUCUUAAGAAGGACAAAGAGGCUUUACAGGCGGCGGAACGUGAACUGAAGAAGCUGAAGUUGGACGUGAACAGUCUGCAGACCGAGUGCCAACAGGGGAAGACUCUGAUCAAGAGCCUCACCCAGGUCAAGGGCGAGAAGGCUAUCCUGGAGGAAAAGAUGGCCCAGCUGGAGCGCGCCCACAGCAGGCUGCAGACUGAACUGGUGCAGGUGAAAGACGUCCACAGAAACAGAGAGGCUCAGAGAGGAAGCGACGUCCAAAUGGAACAUCUACAGCAACAAGCCGAUCGCCUGCGAGGGGAAGUGGAAAGUCAGAAGUCUGCAUACAACAAACUCAGAGAGGAGAUGGCCUCAGAGCGACAGCAGACAUCCAAGCUCCAGACCAAACUGAGCGCCAGUGUCCAGGAGAAGAUCAGUGCAGAGGGGGAGAGAGAGAGGCUUCGGCUGGAGGUGCAGCGGCUGAAUGACGAGCUCCACUUACAGAAGGAGCAGCUACAGUCCAGGAGGGAAGCAGUGACCGCCCAGAGACUCAGCCCCGUGAGGACCAGCAGAGAGGAAGGCUCCAACCAGGAGUUGACCCAAGUCCAGGCCAAACUGGAGCGAGAGCGAGACCUGAGCUCUCAGCAGCUGCUGGCUCUGCAGGCUCAGCUCGCAGAGGCACAGGCUCAUGUGAAGUCCCAGGACUCUGUGUUAAACCAGAGAGCAGAAGAGGCUCGGCAGAUGAAGCAGGAUUUGCAAAGAGCCCAGAGUCUGUUCACUUCAGCAGAACGAGAGCUGAGAUACGAGAAGGAGAAGAACAUGGACAUCAAGAAACACAAUAUGCUGUUGGAGCAGGAGAAACUAAAGCUGUGCGCAGAGUUGAAGCAGCUCCAGACCAAGUUGAUCCUCACUGAGCAGAGCGUUCAGUCCCAAGUGUCUGAGUGCAGCCGACAGCAGAACAAGAUCAGAGAGUUGGAGCUGGAGUUGGCUCGGUCCACCUCCACCCGCAAUGCCACCUCCGGCCUGCAAGAGGAGCUGCAGGCAGAGAGAGUGCGCCUCGUUGCUGCUGAUAAGAAGAUUGUAGAGUUGCAGCAGCAGCUGAAGGCGGCUCAGCACAUGUUGCGUCUGGAAGAGGCUCGAGCCGGAGAGAGCAGCCGCCUGGAGCGAGACAGCAGAGACCUGAGUGACGCUCUGUCUGCUCUGAGGACGCAGCAGCACGAGGAGCACAUCACCAGGAAGUUGCUGGAGCAGAGGGAGGAGGAGCUUCAGCAGCAGGUGAAGGCCUUCAGGCUCAAAGAGGCGUCUUUAAACAGAAGCAACUCGGAGCUGAGCCUCAGGAGUCAACAGCUCGACACACGGCUGGUUCUGCUAGAGAGCGAGCUGAGCAAAGCCCGCGAGGAGGAGAAAAACAGCCAAAAGUCGUCGUUCAAACUGCAGGAGGAGCUGGCGUUGUGUCACUCUGAGUGCGAGCGGCUCCAGUCCGAGCUCCAGCAGCUGCUUCUACAGCUCGACUCACACGUCAGGAAGUACAAUGAAAAGCAGAGCCAGCACAGGACCAAGCUACGCCAGGCCAAACAGGUGUAUCUGAAAGCCACAGCCCAAAGAGACCGAAUCAUUCAGAAGCUGGAGAAUGAUCUUCUGCUCGCCUCCAGCCUCUGCCAUAAGGAGAAGGAGCGCACAGACACAGUGAUGGUGGAGAACGAGAAGCUGCUGGAGGAGAGACGGGAGCUGCUGCAGAGGAUCAGCGAGGCCGAGGAGAUGGGCAGCAGAGGCAUGAGGACUGCCUCCACCAUCGAGCACAAAGUAAGCGUGUUGGAAGCGGAGAACCGGCAGCUGCAGGAGCGCACUCUCAAACUGUCCAAUCAGGUGUGCUCUCUGGAGCGCGCCCUGAGGAAUGUCCACGCGCUGCACAGUCUGGAGUUACAGAAGAAGCAGCACCAGGAGGGUCUCAGUGACCUGCACACGUCUACUAUCAGUUUUUCUUCAGCGCCGCGUGAGAAGCUGGACAUCCUGGACGCGCUUUGCCGCGUGAAGGUGGACAGGAGCAGACUGUCCUCCAGCUUCACGGAGCAGAGUUACCUGAACCUCACCUCCCCCUCUGCCCCUGCAGACGCCAAAGACACAGAGGACGGACCCCCACAACAGGACGCCACCUGA